ACAAAAAGCUAAGUAAGAAUUCAGUUGUAAUAGAGGUUUAGGUGAUUUAAUAAUGUAAAAAAAGAUGGUGGAACACUGGCAUAUCGUUAAACAGCUGUUUGUACGUCUCAAAGUCCUUUGGUAUUAUUUAUUUGCCAGGCAUGUCUGAAAGAUGCUAAAGUGUCACUUGAACGCAACUUCCAUAGAUAUGAAAAAGCAUAAUGGACAGGAUAGUGUUUCUUCGUCGGGAAGCUAAAUUGAAAACACAUCCAUGGAAAUGAACAUGACUUAUAAAUAUAACUUUGACAUAUUGUCUAGCUUGUUGAUCUCCAUAGAAACAUUAUAUUACCAGCGCCAUCGAUCAUGGAUGGUUAUAGCAAGGUGGAAAGGGUGAGUAGUGACAAGUACCUUCAACUAAAACCAGAUGAAGCAAGUCUUUUUGAUCUCAUACGUAUUUUGUUCUCCGGCAACCUUGAGAGUAAACAGUUCAUAGAAUCAUUGAGAGUGAAAGAGAUAGCCUUUGAGCGUCGAGGAUACAUUUUUCUCUCUGUGUCCGUGCAGAAAGCUCUCCAUUUCAUCUCAAAGCCUUUGUCUUUUUUAGGUUCAAUUUCAGAAUUCUGCUUAAAUCUUCUUGCUAGUAACCAAAGCCUUCCUACGUUGUUGUUGAGAAUCUUACAAGGGAAGGUAGAGAUGCCAGACAAAGAGUCAGCCAGCUAUCUCUCAGCUAUCGGAUUUAUAGAUACAAGAGUGAAUUGUCAUAAGAAGUUCAAACCAGGGGGUAAAACAUAUAUUGUUGCGCUUUCUGCAAUUGCAUCAAAAGUAGCCUACGAGAAUAAAGCCUUCAUCCGAACAACUGUUGAGGAUCAAUGGAAGAUGGAAUUACUGGGUACGCAUGAUUUUUGGAAUGAGUAUCACCAAACCAAAUCGACUCAAGGCUUCAUAUUUCAUGAUAAUACAACCAAUCCAGACAGAAUUAUUGUGUCAUUUAGAGGUACUGAACCCUUCAAUUCAGAUGAUUGGAGUACAGAUUUCGACAUAUCUUGGUACGAAUUCCAGGGCAUGGGCAAAGUCCACAGCGGUUUCAUGAAAGCUCUAGGCUUACAGAAGGAUGAAAGUUGGCCUCUCAAUAUUAUACAAGACGACCAACGCCCAAUAGCAUACUACACAAUCAGGGAAAAACUAAGAGACUUCUUUCAGAAAAAUAACCACACCAAGUUUGUUCUAACAGGGCACAGCUUAGGCGGUGCGCUUGCAGUUCUUUUUGCAGCAGUUCUUGCAUUGCACAAUGAAUCUUUUUUACUGGAAAGAUUGGAAGCAAUUUACACAUUUGGGCAGCCAAGGGUGGGUGAUGCCGAGUUUGGCGAUUUCAUGAAGGAAAAUUUCAGGAAUUAUGGCAUUGGAUAUCAUAGAUUUGUUUACAGUCAUGAUAUUGUAACCAGAUUGCCUUAUGAUAACUCUACCUUGCUUUUUAAACACUUCGGAACAUGCCUUUACUAUAGCAGCACAUAUGAAGGAAAGAUUGUUUCGGAAGAACCACACAGAAAUUACUUUUCUCUGAGAUCACUAAUAUCAAAAAGGAUGGAUGCAUUGUGGGAGUUGGUGAGAAGCUUUCUUCUUCCAUAUCUGUAUGGAACAGAAUACAGAGAAAACCUUCUUCUACUAGCACUUAGAUUGUAUGGACUUCUAUUUCCCGGCAUGCCGGCUCAUGGUCCUCAAGACUAUAUUAACGCAAUUUGUUUGGGAGAUGCUACUUUGUUCACCAGUACUCAUAGAUGAUCUAGACGAUCCUCGUCUACUUUGAUGUCUUAUUGGAAGAAAAAUGAAUAUUGUUCCUCCAUUGAUUAAAAAUUUACAUAUCUUUAUAUCAGGCUUAUUGUGAGAAUUUACAUAUCGAUGGUUCAUUUAGAUUUGAGGCUUGUAAUAAUGUUUUUAUCACGCAUUGAUCUAUAAACGACCAAAAGCAAUUUUCUUU